UUUAACUGAAAAAAUGGAAGAAAGUGAUAAAAUGUUCGACAUCCCUCAUUCUGAUAAGAAAGAGAGGACUGACUUCCUCGAGAAGUUCCUGAGCCUUUCCAGGGAGAAGAAGGCUUUACAAAUUCACCAGCAUCAGGUAUCUCUUCGGAAGGACUCAAGGCAGCAGAUUUUCAAGAACAAGCGACAGAAUUUGACCCAAGAUGAUGAAAUGAGUAAGCAGAUUGAGCCUGAUGAAAAGACCAGAGAAGUUUAUGAAGAAGCCAUUUUUAGAACUCUGCAAAAUUGGGAAGUUGGUCCUGAUGACUGGGAAAUUAUUUUAGAGUUUGCCAACAAUAGGUUAGCAAUCGAGCACACUGACGAAGGGAGGUUGAAUGGAGUAUUUCAAAUUCUUGCUGACAAUGUGUCUAGGAAUAGCCCAUAUGACCUGUUGCUGAAGGUAAUUCAAUUUUGGAGGAACUUGUGCCAGAGCAAAAGUAAUGAAGGGUUAGAGUUUGUCUUCAAGAAUUCACUUCAUGCUGAAAUUUUCAAGAUUGUAUUGCAGGAUGAAGAUCAGAUUGAAACUUUUAAACAGGGGACUAUGAUGUUAUAUUUCUGUUCUCAUCAUGAAGAAUUCUUCAGCUUUGUAAAAGAGCAAGAUUCUUUACUUGGCACUCCAGAAAAUCUUCAAGAAGGAAGCCAUAUGAUAUUAGAUAAUGCACUUUUGAACACUAAGGUCAUAAAGAAGGAUGAGUUCCUCAAUUUCAUAAUUAGCUUGACCUCAAAGAAUAUUUCUCUAAGCUUAAAGUUCAUGCACAUUUUCUGUGACAAGCACAUCAAAAAUGAGAAAGAGCUUCAAGAGACUAUUUGCACCUUUUUACUUAAACUCAAAAUUGAAGAUUAUCUUGAGAAGAACAAGAAGCUGCUGAUCUGGGUACUACAAAGCUUUGUUGACAAAGCUGAAGAUUAUGAACUUCUCCAAAAAGUAGCUUUGAGUGAUACCUUAAAAAUCCUUGUAAUUGAAUAUAUUGUUCAGGAAGAGACUCAGCAACUAUGUCUGAAGCUAUGUGGUGCUCUUAUUCCUUAUAACUAUCUUUUAAUCAGGAAGGUGUUGAUUUCAUUUGGAGAGACCAAAACAAUUUCGAAACACUCAAUAUCUUCCUUCUUGGAGUAUAUCAAAAAUCUUACUGAAUAUUUAUACAUGAGUAAAUUUAAGUCUAGUUAUGGCCCAAGGUUAUCGGGAUUACUCUGAGAUCCAGGGUACAACAUCCUUCAUUUCGCACUGAAGCAGACCUCAUCAGAGAGCAUCAUUAGUAUCUUACAUAUCUGUUUUAAUAUCUUGGAAGAAGGGAAUCCCAAUGUUGUUUUUGAGUUAUUAAGAGCUAAUUUCCUAGGCCUGAUGGAAGACAUUAUCUUAUCAAAGAAUUCUCUAGUAGAAGAGACAUCUCUCUGCCUUGAUUGUCUUCUCAGUUUCUUCAAAAUAUUCCACAAAAAUGAAGAAAAGAUGAAGUAUUUAAACUCAAAAUAGAUACCAAGAGGCAAAGAACUUUGAAGACGAAAUGUUCUACCACAAAGGAUCUCUCGGGUUGAUGGAAUAUAGUAAGAAAGUCGAAAUUCUGAAGAUAAAUAUUUCUUCCACACUAGAAACUCUUCUGCACUCAGAUGGCAUUGGAAUUUCUGAGAAAGCCUAUGAAUUGCAUGUAAAAUACUUUGAAGAAGACAAUGAACCUUCCUUAAUCGAUUUGGCAAUGGUUGAUCAAUAAUUUAGUCACUAAAAUACAUGUUUCAACGCUGAAA